GACACAUCUCGCCAAAGACAAAAGGAAAAAUAUUACAGGAAAAAAAAAAAAAAGAAGGAAAAAAAGAGAUCGCUUCGUCGCUUCCGAGUUCCGACCACGAAGGAUCGACGGAACCCUAGGAAAAUGGCGGUGAUUCACGGCGAUCUGAAGCCUCUCGGAGCAUUAGCCUCUCAUUACUCGCUCAAGGCGCUUCCUCCGUCCAUGAAACAAUUUGGUGGUUUUCAUAAUGGAGGUUCCAGUAAUCAGAAGUAUGCUCCAAAAUGGCUUUCCCUUGAGCAACAUGGUCAUGCGCGCGGUUAUAAUUUGAAAAUUGGAGUUUCGAGAAAUGCCCUUUCUCCCUCUACUGUAAACCAAGAAGCUGAAGGAUUCCUUCACAAUGUAGUCAACAUGAACUUCUUUGAUCGCCUAAGCUUGGCCUGGAAAAUAUUAUUCCCCACACCAGCAGUUAAAAGAAAUUCCAAUGCGCAAAUCGCAAAGCAGAGGCUUAAGAUGAUCCUGUUCUCCGACAGGUGUGCGGUCAGUGAUGAAGCAAAGAAAAAGAUCGUGAAGAAUAUUGUUCAAGCCCUUUCUGAAUUCGUCGAAAUAGACUCACAGGAUAAGGUUCAACUGAGUGUCUCGACAGAUGCUGACCUCGGUACAGUGUAUUCUGUUACAGUUCCUGUGCGGCGAGUGAAACCCGAAUAUCAAGAAUCCGAAGAGAAUUAUAUAGGGAAAAUAACAGGGAUCGAAUAUAAGGACACUGGGGAAACAUCAGGUACCGUUGAUGUCACAUUCGAUUUCUUCGUACCCAACGAGAAGUAGCUGUAUGGUUGAGUAUCUCUUUAUUCGAGGAAUCAAAGACCGCUUGUCGUAUGCAGGGUUAGAAAUAAUGUUUAUUUAACAUUAUUGUAGACUUUUAAAAGUGUAUGAAAUGAACCCUCUGGAAACAAACAAGUAGUGUAUAUAUUAAGGGGUUUCGAAGAUUGCUUUCAGUUUGUUGUGUUGCUGUGAAUGAUUAAUGAACAAAUGGAAUUGCGAGUUCUGACA